CAUCGGCGAUACCGUCUCUUCGAGUCUACUCUGGGAUUGAACUUGGUGCUGUAAAGGAAAAGCUCCGGUCUUCUUUCCCCGAGAUGAUGACUGCGUCUGGGCUAACCGUAACUUCGCCCAGGUUUCACUUUCGCUGGCGUACAUCUCAGAGAAGCUCUCAGGCUUUUACUCUUAUUGCCACACUGAAUCGUCAAGAUGCAUCAUCAGCUUCCCCUGUUCUUCAAAGGGCUUGUUUGGCACUUCCAACACAAAGAAACAAUGCUAUGAUUGCCCGUGCCAUGAGUUCUUCCUUUGGUGACGUGGCAGACGAUUCAACUGCUGUCUUCCCUCGGAUCAAUGUCAAAGACCCAUACAAGCGGCUUGGGAUAAGCCGGAUGGCCUCAGAGGAUGAGAUUCAAGGCGCCAGGAACUUUCUCAUUCAGCAGUACGCUGGUCACAAACCCAGUGUUCACGCUAUCGAAUCAGCUCAUGACAAGAUCGUCAUGCAGAAGUUCCAUGAGAGGAAGAACCCCAAGAUCGACAUAACGAAGAAGGUGCGAGAAGUGAGACAGUCCAAAGCUGUUAACUUUGUUUUCGAGAGGUUCCAAACUCCUGCCACUGCUUUCCUUGUCAAAACGGCAGUCACGUUUGCAGUUCUCGGAGCUCUUACCGUUCUGUUCCCGACAGAAGAAGGACCCACUCUGCAGGUUUUGUUAUCGGUGAUAGCUACGUUUUACUUCAUCCACCAAAGGAUGAAGAAGAAGCUCUGGUCUUUCCUUUACGGGAGUGGAUCUUUCAUCUUCUCGUGGCUGAUUGGGACUUUCUUGAUGGUGUCUGUGAUCCCACCCUUCAUCAAAGGACCAAGAGGUUUUGAAGUCAUGUCUUCGCUCUUAAGCUAUGUUUUGCUUUGGGUCUCUUCGACCUACCUUAGGUAGCAUUCUAGCUCUUUUCUUAACUUCUUAUCUCGGAUAUGUGAAAACACACACUAUUAGAGCAUUGCAUUAUCUUCAUGUGGCAUAGAGAAAAAUAUUUUUUUUUAUCUUGGAGUUUGUUAUUU